GAGGUCGGGGAGAGGACGACGGGCAGGAGCAAAGGAAGGGAGGGCAGGAGCAAAGUUAGUCGGAGAAUUUAUCGGAACUUAGGCGUGAUUAUCUCCUGCCUCUGUAGCUGAGGAGUGGGCAUCAAAAUGGCAACACUAAACCAUCCAAGAUCUCCUGAGAAAAACUCCCCAGGGGAGCAGAAGGUCCCAUUCUUCACUGUUAUCAAACGCGUUGUUUGAGAAUGCCCCAGACUGUCUUCUAACGCCCUUUCUUCCCCCGCUCCCCCCUUCCCUGGACGCCAUGACAACUGUCACAUGACCCUGCAAACAAAGCGUCUCCAGGGCUGCACAGGCCCCAGCUGCUCCUCUCUGGAAGGAGCAGGAGGGCUUUGUUGCUGAGAUGCACGGAGCCCCCCGGCUGAACUUUCCCUGUGCCAGUGAGUACCUGUGGCGUACACGGGAGAAGGCCUAUGAGGACCACAGGAGGAAGGUCCAGAGCGCCCAGCCGCUGGUAGACACCCGUGCCCCGCUGACGUUCCGCCACCUCCAGCUGAAGCUCAAGAGGCUGAAGCUGGAGGAGGAACGGCUCUCCGUCAUCCAGAGGGACAACCGCCUGCUUCUGGAGAAGGUGGCCUCUGUCAUGAGGACCAGGAGACAGACUGACGGCAAAAACGACUCCACACACAGGAGGUAAGGGAGGGGCUCCUGCCAUCCCACGGGCUCCGCACCACACCCCAGUGCCAGGAAGGGGUUGGGGAGGAGCAGAAGAGCUGCCUGUGGAUCCCAGUCGAGGCGUUUCUGUCCUCUCCCGAAGAGCCACACCUCCGAGGAGUGCCCUUUUCCUCGGCGGUUUGUGAUGCUACGUUUUACUUGAGACUCCUAGGCUGCUUCUGCACCCUACAACUAAAGGGGGGCCCAAAACCAUAGCUAGCAGCCGUGAGCUCGCCGUGUGCCAGACACUCCUCUGAACCUGCUAACGCACCUGACUUCAAACCCUCACAUGGCCCCAUGUGGCAGGGGCUCUUGUGUCUCUCACAGGAGCGGGGAACAGAGGCGCUGGGAGGCGACCACUUGGCUGAGGUUGCAGCUGGGCGGCGGGGAACGCAGCUGUGCCCCCGCCCUGAUCAUGCAGUUCUCAAAGGUGUCGGUUUCCAAAAGCAACUAAGGUUUUGGUUUCCCAUCAGCAGACCAGUAUGUACAGCAUCUUUCUGGAAAAAACACUGAUGGUCAUGUAGCCAUCUGGGUCCCAGCCUGGGAUGCUGGUGCUGCUCUCACAGCCUUACUUUUUACCCAGAAGUAGAGUUCUACCCUUUAUGAAGAUGAAGAUCAGCAGGAUUUCAUACCCUUAAAACCACCUUAUAAGCGCUUGACCGUGAGUCCUAAAAGCCCCUCUUAUUUAAGGUCAGAAACCUCUGUCCUCCUGCAUUUUACACACCCUAGAAUAACUUCAUAGUUACAACAUGGCCCUUUCCCUGUAAGUGCAAGAUUUUGAUCGUGGUUGUGAUACUUCAUUCUAAUGAAGGGUUUUUUUGUUCCAGAAGUGCUCGGGCCUUUUAAGAUCUUUGGCCUGUACCUGUCCCCAAGAAGCUUAUAGUGUUUCAGACUUCAUAAUAAAUUAAAAUAUAAUGGAUCCUCAGGUACCUUGAGGAGUGUGAUGUAGGAAGGCUGCAGGCCCCACUGGGAAGGCGCUGCUCCAAGCUCAGGCAGGCCCUUCGUGGUCCUGCAUGCUGGGUUCGUUCAAAGUCCUAACCAGAGCAAACCUGCCUCAGAGAUGGUUCACUGCGGGCUCCCAGGGCUUCAGUGGAAGCCAAGGGAAAGUCAACCAUUUUUGUCAAGAAUGCAUCAGUUUGGUGCUUGAUAACUGGCUGUUUCAUGUCUCAGCUGACUCCAUUCUUUAACAAAGGACACUUGCCAAGUUAAUGCACAAUGCUGGAGAGAAACAGUCCAUUUUCAGGGGAGUCUCAGCGGCUUCUGGAGCGCUGCAGACCAGUUGAUUGAAUGGAAUAAAUAUGUCUAGCUAGCUGGCCAGCCAGUAGCAAAAGUCAACAUGACAAGAUAAACUAUAGAGCCAACAACGGGACUUUCACUCCUGAUUUCAGCUUUCGUAUCUGUAUUGAGAUGUGAUUGGCAUACAGUAGACGCAUAUUCAAAGUGCAUGUAAUAGGUUUGUCAUGUGAUACACCCAUG